AUGGGCCGGUUGCUGCGGUUGGCCGGCACAGGCUCAGGCACAGGCACAGGCACAGGCACAGGCACAGGCACAGGCACAGGCACAGGCACAGGCACAGGCACAAGCACAAGCACAAGCACAAGCACAGGCACAGGCACAGGCAAAGGCACAGACAAAAGCGUGGAUACCCACGGCCAAGACACCGUCCCCGACCUGAAGCCGUCGUGGUCAAGGUCCAUCCUCGACCCCUUCAAGAAGUCGCACUCGUACCCUCACCGCCCAAAAAGCGCCGCCGACCUCAACUCUUCCCGGCUCAGGUCCGACUCGGAGUCGCCCGCUCCCCCGCCCACCGGCCUCCGUCGAGCUGUCUCGGCUGCAAGUGCCGCGGCGAAGAGAAUGCGGCGCCGGCGAAACUCAUCUUCCAUCCAUCCCCUCGAUGAGAGUACGGCAGUCGACCAGGAUGUCGCCAAGAAGACAGUUGAACCGAUAACGGAGGUGCCGACCGAGGAACUCGGCGCCGAGUCUGCUCCUGCUGCCCCCGAGUCCGGAGAUGCCAGGUCCCCCUCCCCCGUCUUGUCUGCUGUCGCCGAGGAACAGCCGCUUUUCCCUUCUGGAGGCAACCGAAAGCGCCGUAUCGAUCUCAGCGACGACGACGACGACGACGCCGAUGACAGGAUGUCCUCUGGCAACAGGCGGCAGCCCAAGAGCCGCCCCGGUUCUUCCUCAGAUGGCCUGCAACGCAAGCCCUCGGCCAAGGACCGCAUCCGCAUCUUCGACUGGAUCUACAACCCAGCCGACCAGGUCAAAUGCACCCCGUCGUCUGAGCACCUUCCAGGGCCGUCUGCCGAGGGCAGUAUCUUGACAGCGCCGGCAGAUGGCGACUACGACGACACUCGGCCGUUCAAGUACCAGAGGCACCACACCAUCCCGAUCCCAGCCGAGAAGCAGAACUACCGGCUCUCGCCCACCAUGCGGGGUGGCGUCCAAGAUCCUAGAAUGAGCCUGAUGAGGGUGAUCCAGGAGUCUCAACAUGACCAAUUCGCCAACCCCGAACGCCGGAGCACCAUUGACACCCCGUACAACCUGGACGCCGUCAUAUCCGCACCCCAACGGACCCUGGACCCCAGCCCCUUUUCACGAUCUCCCAUGGCGAGCCAGUGCAACUCCCCGCCGCUCAUAGACCAGUCUCGCUCGACAAGGAGAGGCUCAUCGACCACCAUCGCCACCAGCUCCGGGACCGUUUCCGACUCGAUUUUCACCAAACGCUGGUCGGCGUCCACAGGCCUAACAGCUCCGAGCCAGACAACGCUGACAGUCACGGCGGGUGCAGAGCACGUUUCGGCACAGAUGAAGCGAAUCCGCCCAGAGUCUCCAGCAAACUCUUUCUUUAGCAGGUCGACGGCCUCUCCGAGAUCCUCGACCUCCUAUAUCAACUUUCCACCCAGCCGGACCAGGUCAUGGGUACCCUACGAUAUCUCGUGGGACGAUGACACCAAGGCUCUCCCGCCUGUUCCAGCCCUCCCACAAAACGUCGACCACCUCCCCGGAAGUGCAUUUCUGAAGCACCUCGGCGCAGUCGGUGUAGUCGGUGAAGUGGACUUGGUGCUUCGGGCUGGGAGUCGGGCCCAGGAGCGGCGGUUCAGGCGAAUGGUCAGGAGGGACGUGACGGUGGCGCAGCCGGACAUUCCCGCCGAUGUAGCUACCGCGUCUUGUGCCGCACCUGAAGAGGACCACGACGUCCUCAGCAUCAUCAACGAGCACGCGUCUGAUACCCGGUCGUCAAAGACCAGAUCAUCAACCCAGUCACUAGGAAACAGGAGCGUCGGCCAGGCCACCGUCGGGACCGUCAGCGACACGCACGAAACCCCUUCACUUUCAGCACGCGACAGGGCCGGCCGCCAGUCCUCCGAGACCGCCACGACCGUCGUGUCCCGCGAGACGACCGCGCUCCGGUCAAAUACCCCGGCCACGUCGCUCGGCGACCUGAUGGAGCCAGAACGAAUGAACUACGACGUCAGCGACUCGGAAGACACAAUGUCGGAUUUCACAGACUACACCGACGUGUCGCUGCUCGAGGCCUUUGACGCAAGCCCGGUGCCGUUCAGCCCCGUUCUGCUCGCGAUCCUGGUCAGGCUCAAGGAGGACGUGGUGGCGCUGAUCAGGCAGCGGGCGGACACGAUGUUGCAGGCAGGCGGCGGGCAGCAGUCUCGUGGCAACAACGAGGGCAGCUUCGAGUCGUCUGCCUCCGGGUCCCCGCCCCCGCCCCGACAGAACGGCAACGCGUCCCAGAACGUGCAGAACCUACGGAAGCGGGCCCUCAGUGAAGACGCGGAUGGCUCAGGCCCUAACCGGGGCGACGGCGACGACGGCGAGAAGAGGCAGAAGCGCGAUGCGUCGUCCAGGGCGCUGCUCGAGAGGCGCCUCAAGCUCUUUGCGUGUCCGUUCCUCAAGCGCUAUCCAAAUAGGAAGUGGGAGAAUAGGGCCUGUCACGGCCCGGGGUGGAGGUCAGCGCAUAGAGUCAAGGAACACGUUUACCGAUGCCAUGCGCCGCUCCUGAGGUGCAACAGAUGCUUUGCCGUAUUUGCCGACGAAGCGACGCGGGAUGCGCAUGCCCGCGCAACGCCAGCCUGCGAGCCCAGGAGCGCGCCGCCCGAGCAGGAACCGACAUGCAUCAGCCAAGGGCAGCAGGUCGAGCUGAGGAAGAGGCAGAAAGGACUCACGGACGAGCAGAAGUGGCACAAGCUGUACCGUGUCAUCUUCCCAAACAGCGAGGCCCCGUCACCCUACCACGAAGUCCACCUGCAGAACCCGCUGCCCGACUCGGACACGAUCACCUCGCUGUGGGGGUUCAUGGACCAGGAGUUGGUGCCCCGCAUAGUCUCCGACGUCGGCAGCCACCGGCAGCGGAACAGCGGCAGCAAUCCCGAUGCCCGCGCCGAGACCGACGGUAACGGCGACCUGAUCGAGAUUGUGCGCUCGGCCAUCAAAGAGUGCUUCGACUCGUUUCUCUCCGGCUUCGUCGCCGUGCAGGCCGAGGCGACGCCCCUGACGAUACAGGACCCGCCUAGUUCGCUGCCCGAAAGCCCCGACGUUCCCACCCCGGUCGACGACCGCCGCGGUUCAUUCCCCCCAGAUUAUGGGACUUUGCAAACGAUGAAACGGGCUGCUAGCCCCUGGGGCCCUCCUGCCGGUGGACCGAGCAGGACUGCGACCCCGAAGCCCCCGACACCAAGUGUGGUUUUUAGCAGCGUCUUGCCAACCGCACCGGCAAGUGGGAACUGGUACGCAAUGCUCGCCGCGAGCCAGCAAAUGCCGGCGCCACAGGGCUACCAUAACCAUCAUCGGCGCCUGCGACAGCAACACUUGCAGCAACAACAGCAACAACGGCAGCAUCAACAAGAACAACAACAUCAGCAGCAGCAGCAGCAGCAGCAGCAGCAGCAUCAACAACAACAUCAGCAGCAGCAGCAGCAGCAACAACAGCGCCAGAACUGGUCCGCCGCGCCCGCAUACAUUGACCCGAAACUGACCGUCUUCGACCACGGGGCACGAUACCACCACCAGCUCUCUCCGCUAGCGAACCGUCUCGAGACGACAAGCUACAGCACCAAAAAUGUUGAUGACAACGAUUAUAAUGAGAAUGAUAACGAACACGACAACAACCCAUCAAACAGCUUUCCUGAGGCGCCAUCCACGGCCGCAUUCGACAGCCACAUCACCAACCACUUCUCGUCGCUGAAUGAAUAUGACAACGGCAGUGGCACCCAUGACCAUAUCCCGCGGCGGGGAGAGAACUAUGGAGGUUUUGAUUUUGAUUUUUGA